UGUUGUAUGUGCUCCAGUGUGGUUUGACAUUUUUAUUUCGUAUUUAGUGGGUUCUAAUUAACAAAUACAACAAUAAACGUGCUUAUUAUGAUUUAGAAUUAGUGCCACAUUUAAUAUACAAGUUAUCAUGGCGAUCCCACCGUUUCCCUCACAGGAUUUAGCCAAGCUCGUACUGGGGUAUCUCAUAGAGGAACAGUUAAUGACAGCAUAUGAUGAAUUCCUGCAUCAGAGUCCAUACUUAGAUGCUGAAAAGAAUGAGUUUGACAGGAUCGCGAUGCAGCCCCUGAGACAUCUUCUCGGAGAAUAUAGGGCGGUCAAAAUUUACGUUGAGAGCUGUAAACCUAUAGCAUUGAGAAGGAGACUAUUUCAAUGUCCAAAUUUACUGGAAGUGGUUAAACUUCUAAUACAGUAUGUGGAUGUUAAGAGAGUCCAAGAAGAUUUAUGCAGAGAUCAUAUCAGUGCUGAUUCACAAGAGCCAACCUCCCGAACUGGAUGUGAAGCAUGCCUGUCCCUCAAGUUGGAGAGUUGUGUGUGUUCUAACAGAAGAAGAAAAGUCUCGAGCACAUCCAUCAAUAAUUCAGAGUCGGUUCAGCCUGGGCAAACAAAUGCUACAAAUGUAUUAUCUGACUUGUCUGGUAACCAGAAUCUCGAUAAUAGAAAUGUUGGAGGAACUGCAAAUCAUACAAACCCAUCAAAUAUUGUUAGUCAACAAGAAAUUCAGACGGGCGAUUACCCUGGAGUAGCUGCCCCAAAUGUCGACCAUAACAGUAUUAUGCCUAGUCUUCAUUUACAGCCAAACCCAGAUAUCACAACUACGCACCCACCAAAUGUAUCUAGUAACGCAACAGCUUUGGAGUGUUCACAAAAUAUAGCAGAAUUCAACACUGUACUGGACCAAGUGUAUAAUAAAAGCAAUGUUAUGGGAAGUCUAAGAGACAAUAAUAGUAUGAUGAGUACUGAAACUACUAAUAAUAAUAGGAUACCUAACUGCCAACCUGAAAGUUUUCAAGAUUUUAGUACGGGAGUCAGGGGACCAGGUGAACCGCCUGUCAAUGUGCCAGAUUCUAGUACUACAGAAAAUAUAAAUGUGUCAUUAUCACAUUCUGAUACAGAGCCAACGACGUCAAACAAAAGAACUGUAAAGACAUUUCAGAAAAGAAGCUGUGCCUUUAGAGUUGGAAAUAUGAAACACGAUGUUACGGAAAUAACCAGUGAAGUAAUAGAUAUUGACGAUGACACACCACCAUAUCCAAGGCCAGAAGAUCAAAAAGUGACCAUUCUGUCAAAUGUCAAAGUUGGCAGUGAUGAAAGACUAAUAAAAAUGCCUAAAAACGCAACUUCAACUCCAUUAUUACAAUUUCAAACGAUUUGCCUUAAUGGCACACCUAUAUUUAGACCUAAAACAGCAGAACAAAAACUGAUAUAUACCAAAGAUGAAAUUAUGGCGAUGCCUACACUUAUAAUAGUCCCAGCAUCAGGUCCAUCAAAGACUGCACCUACAGGUUGCCAGGCACCAACCAUUUCAGCCCAGAGUUCCAAUAUAACGACAUCGACAACUUCCGUUCCGCCUCCACUUACGCCUUUAACAGUCGAUGUUUCCAAUAGUUCCUCGGUCACAUGUAAUGUACCGAAUAUCCAUAAACCGCAUGAAAACAUCGUACAAGAUACUACUAGUCACCCCGGCUUAGUAAAAACUGUAGAAACAUUAAAAAACGCUACAUCAGUACCUAAAGAUAAUACAAUUCCAGGCUCUAGCUCAACUAGUACGCCACAGGGACUACCACCUACGAGAAAAUCCUCAUCUACGCCACGUCGACAAACAUCACAUGUUAGAGUUUUGGAUUUCACCACUCCAAGAAGGAUUCUAAACGAAGCAAUUAGUGAAAAUCCUAACGAGGAAGCAGCGUCUGACAAGCAUGUUGAAGUUAUGAUAAGUAAAAGUCCUAAUGUAUCUUUUCCUCGGGGCUCAGUAGUCUUAGAUAAUAUUAGACAGUCAGACACUUCCGUCGAUGCAGAUAAAAUGAACGAAUCAAAAACAUCAGAGGCAAAUAAAAUUGUCACGAAAAAAGUGGAAAGCAAGAAAAGAGAUUGGGAUGCUGAUCUCCGGGCAUUAGUAGCAGGAAGUCAGCAGCCCAUGAAACAACGCAUGCCUCCACUGUCGCCCAAAUCUAAACCUAAACAAAAAACAAAGAAAACUGUUCUUGAGAAGGAAAAUGUAAAAAAUAAGUCGACAGUAAGUACCACAGAAAAAACACGGAAAAAAUCAAGCGUCAAGAAUAAAGAUUCGGCUAACAGUAAACCAUCAAAGAAAAAAGACAAACCAGAAUUAGCAGAAAGGCCUGAACAAAAUGUCCCCAGUCCUACAGUGUCUCCCAUAGGUAUAAUGCAAUAUGCUCGAGAAAAAAAUGCAUGUGAACCUGAAAAAGUAAAAGAUAAAUCAAAUGACGAGGACCACAUUGUCACUCCUGAAAUCGAAAGAUUGUCUUUAAGAAAUGAGAUUGGAGGAAAGCUCAACAUUUCAGAUAUAUUAGAGACACCAUACAAACAGGCAUUAUAUGAAAUUCAAAUGGAGACUCCCAGGUUUUUGGGGCCAGACUUACCGGAUGAUCCUAUGUCAGAUAUUAAAAUAACGGAUAUACCUACGCCUAGAUUUUUGACUUCGAAUACACCUUUUACUCCGAAACCUAAGCAAGCCACGCCUUCGUCUUAUUCUUCUCGCCCGACAGACUACUCAAGUGGCGGCUCAUAUUAUAAACCUGACGACCAAGAUUAUUUACGCAUCGUGGAUGAUGCGAUAUGUCCCGUCACAUCUACCCAUUCUAAAGACAAUUCUAAGGAGAAAGUCCCCGAAAGCACAGCCGGUCCUGAUCCAAAAGACAAACAGACUAGACGAAGUAGUAGAUCUCGACCAGUAAGGCAGUGUACCAAAAACGUCUCUUAUUAUAAUAGUCCAUUUAAUACCAAAAUUACGAAUUCUAACAAAAAAGACGACGUUUCAUCGUGCAGUGAUUCAGUAAGUGCUAAUAGUUCGUUUGACAAUGCCGUGAAAGAAGAUGUUCCUACACCAAGAACUGAGAGAAGGCAUUCAACAAAAUCAGAAAAUAGGAACAAACUCAACUUAUCUAAAAAACGUUCCCCACUCAAGAAAGUUACACAGAAACCCUUUAUGAAAAUAAAACCACGACAUACUCCAACAAAAGAUUCUUCUAGAAAAAGCAAUAGAAAAUCCUCUGAAUCAUCACAAAUUUCGUCAAAAGGGUCCAGAACCAAAACGUCUAGUAAAGUUUCUGGCACUCCAUCUCAUGCUGCUUCUGUACCCACCAAACGUCGUCGCAAAUCUGCCACGCCUCGAAAACUGCAUCGUACUGAAUUAAACUCUUCAGGCCACGACUCUCCAGAAGCACCAGUGAGCAAAGAAAAAUCUAAAAGUGAAAUUCAGAAUCCUAGCGUAUCUUGUGCCCAAGAUUCUGAUACUGAACAACCUCCUCUUCGAUGGUCCGACGACGGCUCUCAAGACAGCAAAGCCCAGGGUGAAACUGAAUCGAAUCGCGAGAAUGAAGAUGAAAUAUCUAAGAUUAGGGAGUAUAUAGACAAGACUAUGGACUCGAGUCAUAAAGAUAAUGAAAUAUCCCAAAUAAAAGAGUACAUUGACAAUACGACGGUCUCAAGCCAUAAAGAAAGUGAGGGCAGUUUACAACACGACUUAGUGAAACGCGGAUUUGAUAUAGAGACAGCCAAAAAAAUAGAAAGGGAUUUGUUAAGUACACCAGUUCCAGAAGAUAGACCUAGCUUACCGUUAAUUGUUGACGAGGAAAGGAUCAAUAAAAAUUUAGACACGCCGGCAGAUAGUGGGGCAACAUCACCGAAAAAUACUGUUGUUAAUGAUGAGGAGUUUUUAGAGGAAGAAUUUAGUAUCCAUGAGUGUCAAGAAGGUAGUGCUAAUUAUUUAAUAGUUGAACACGAUGGGAUACCGCGUCCCGAAAUACCGCCAGAAGAAGACCCGAAAUUGAAAGAUAAAUUUUCGUUGGAAAUAUGCAUUGAUGAUGGUGAUGUUGUCAGAUUAAGAGCUUCGUCAUACAAUGUUCUAUUAGAUGAGGAUUUUCAAGAUCUCGGUGAGACUAUUAAAGAGACAGAGAUGGCUGUCAGCUCUAUUUCAAAUAUUGAUAGGUUAUACACACCAAUGAAGGACCAUAUUAGAGCUCAGUGCUAUUCAAUUUUCGAUUCAACAUUGACUAGUAUAGAUACUCCAUUAAGAGCUGAUAGUCCAUCUCGGACACAAGAAACGAUUUCUGUAACGAUAGAAGAAGAAGACCCGGAAGAAAUACCUGUAUUAAAGGAAAAAAUGGAAAAUAGAAAGAGAAAAAGAUUACGUUGCAGUUCAGAUGAAUCUCUGACUGAUAAUAAGAAAGUGAAACCGGACACUCAUAUUAUUUUGACAAAAGAUUUAAAGAAUAUGGACAUAGAAGUUUUAUUAACCAAAUUACAUGGAUCUACGAAUUGAACGCGAUUUUCCCGGAUCGAGAAUAAUAUUUCUUUUGACAUUAUUUUACAUUCAUGUUGACUGUAUUGUUGUAUUAGGAGCAGUAGUAGUGGAGCAAAAUAAUUGUGCUUAGAACGAUCUACAUAUUUCUUAUUUGAUAAUAGAAUUGUUUGUAGAUAAUUUAUUUGCUUUGCUAAUUCUGUUACUGAUUCUACUUUGAGAUUUUUCAAUGAAUUAUUGAUCAAAUAAUGGAGAUUUGAUUAUAACUUAUUUUAAUAUCGUUCAGACAGUUCAAAUAUAUGUAACAAUUAGGUAUUAUCUGAUUAACCGUAUGACCGCCGGCGAUUUUUCAUACUGGUGUUUAAUAGGUUAAGAAAGAUACGACUUAGAAGACUGUGUACAGAUUAUGUACGUGUAGUGUAGGUAAUGUAAGUGUUGAUUGAGAGAAAUAUAUUUAUAUGUGUAAAACGCAUAACACAAGAUAGAAUUUUGUAAGCAUUGUAUUUAAUUAUCUCAAUAUGGUCUAAUUUGUUAUAAGCAUCCUUUGUAUUUAACUGCGCUGGUCACAG